GCAUGCGCAGAUUAUUUCGUUUUGUAACAGUAUACGUGGUGUCCAACUGCUCAGUGGUGCCCGCCGCGUAAUAACAUUGUAGUUUGCGGUGUAUGUUUGGGAAAAAAAGUGCCCUUCGGCUGCCGCCACAUCGAAUUUAUCAUGAUGAGAUCCAAGAGUUUAUCGAGUAACAACGUAUGCUCUGCAUGAAUGCGCAACGGUCAUUAUGGAUCAGCUGAUUUUUUUGGUAUCGCUGUUACACCUGCUGUACUGUCCAUUUACAAAAGUCGAGGAAAGUUUCAAUUUGCAGGCAAUGCAUGAUAUCCUUUAUCACGGCUUCAAUUUGACACAGUAUGAUCAUCAUGAAUUUCCUGGAGUUGUGCCACGUUCUUUCUUGGGACCUAUUAUUGUAUCUGGUCUUGCUUCACCAGUGGUGGCAUGUUUUAAUUACCUGAAGUUCAAUAAGUUUAUUGCUCAGUAUGUGGUAAGAAUAACAUUGGGACUAUUAGUCAUAAUUACAUUCAAGUUAUACAGGAAUGGUUUACAAAACAUCUUUGGAUUGCAAUUUACAAACUGGUUUGUAAUCAUAACUGUGACGCAAUAUCAUUUUAUGUACUAUCUUAGUCGUCCACUGCCAAAUAUAAUGGUCAUGCCUUUAGUAUUGAUGGCUUUAUAUGGAUGGCUGAGGCAAAGUCACAUAUUGUUCAUCUGGUCAUCAGCUGCAGCAAUAAUAAUAUUCAGAGCAGAACUUGCCAUACUUUUGGGACUGUUCCUUUUAUAUGAUAUAGCAAGCAAGAAACUUUCUGUACAAAGACUACUAAAAAUUGCGGUUCCAGCUGGUGUAUUAUUCUUAGCACUUACUAUUGCUACAGAUUCAAUAUUCUGGAGACGCUUAGUUUGGCCAGAAGGCGAAGUAUUUUAUUUCAAUACUAUUCUUAAUAAAAGUAAUGAAUGGGGUACAUCACCAUUUUUAUGGUAUUUUUAUUCAGCACUGCCAAGAGGCCUAGCAUUUUCAUCCUUUUUAAUUCCUCUUGGAAUGUUUUGGGAUGCUAGAGUUCGUGUGUUUACUGUUCCAGCAAUAAUAUUUGUCGCAUUAUUUUCAUUUCUACCACACAAGGAAUUAAGAUUUAUAAUAUAUGUAUUUCCACUGUUGAAUGUUGGCGCAGCUGCUGCUUGUCACAGAAUAUGGGAGAACAGAGCAAAAACAAUGUGGCAUGGCUUUCUAGCACUAAUAAUCUUUGGUCAUCUUGUAUUAAAUGUUAUAUUUUCCAUGUUUCUACUAUGCGUGGCUGGUUCUAAUUAUCCUGGAGGUCAAGCAAUUGCUAGGUUACACAGACUCGAGAUGGACUCCAUCGAGCCAGUAUAUGUGCAUAUUGACAUAUUGACUGCACAAACCGGAGUAUCGAGAUUUACACAGAUCAAUGCUUCUUGGAUUUACUCAAAACAAGAAAACCUUACUUUUGACGAUCCUGAAAUGCUACAAUUUACUCAUCUCUUGAUGGAAGCAAAAAGUAAAUAUUCUCAGAAUGUAAAGUUUUAUCUUAAAACUCAUGACAUCAUUGAUUCUAUUGAUGCAUUUUCGCAUAUAACAUUAAGUAACAAUUUAUUACCACCUAUUAGAAUUAAAACAAAGCCUAGUAUAUUCAUUAUGAAGAGAAAAUCGAAUAUCAAAUAUGAUCCUAAUAAAGCAAGAUCUCCAACUUUUAUAAAGGAUUUUACACAUCAGAUAGACAUAAAAAGUAAAAAAUUAAACACAUCAAUUGAAGAGGAAAUAGAUGACAAACUUAUGGAAUUAACAGAACUUCAGAAAACAAAUGAAACUGUUAAAGAAAUAUUUUCAGAUAUCAAAGUUGAAGAGAAAGAAAAUAAUACAAUGGAUGAAAAAGUAGAUAUACUUGAUAGUAUGACAUCUAUGGAAAGUAGUACUACGUGGGAAACUGAAGAUGUAACUACGUUAUCGUCAAAAUCAAGAGAUAAUAAAGAAAUUAUUAAUUCUCAAGAAGAUUUCAAAGAUAUUUCUGAUAAUAAUGAUGCAAAAUUUGUCAAAACAACAAUUGAAGAAGAAAGUAUUAAAGAAAAACAUAAAAACGGUCUACGUCAGGAAACUUAUAGUGUUAAAGAAACAGUUAAGAAAAUGAUUCAAGAAAAGAUGCUAGAAACUAAACAAAAAAGAGAAGCUAAUGAUGAACAAAAAUAUGCAGAACUUCCAACAAAAUCAAUGAAGAAAAGAGGAGUAGCAGCAGAGAAAAUAAAAAAAAUAGAAACAUUGAAACAGGAAUCAAGAGAACCAUCAACAAAUCAGUCAUUUACAGAUAAAUUAACAAUAGUCAAAGAAGAAUCUAAAAUUAUGAAAGAACACGUGAAAGAUGACGAACUUGGUAAACAUAAAUCAGUUAUACAAAAGAAAGAUAAAAUCAGGGUACAAUUAGACAAUUUAGAACAAAUUGAAGAUAUAAUGGAAAAUGAAAAUAAAAUUGUGGAUGUCAAAGUGCAAACAAAAAAGAUUGCAAAGUUACAAGAUAAAGUUCACACAGAGUUACCUGUAACUGAGGCAGAAAUUGUGACAAAUAACGAUCAAGAAGAAAACAUUCAAACACACAAAUCAAUAAAUGUAAGAGAAAGUAUAAGAAAUAUAAUAAAUCAUUUUAAAGAAUUUGAGAAAGAUUUCAUACGUGAUGAUACAAUGGCAACAACAAACGAUGUAAGUAAUAGAAAUUUGGAAAGCGAUUUGUACGCAACAGAAACGAAUCAUUUUGCAGAAAAUGAUAGUCAAUUGACAAAAGAUGCUAGGGAAAGUCUUAAGGAAAUAAUAGAUCAAUUCAAAUACAUUAAGCAUGAAUUAACUUCAGAGGAAGAUGAUCAAUUCGAUGAAAUCGCAGCUAAAUAUAUGGAACGUCCAAUCGGUGAAACAUUACUGCAAUUCAACGAAGCUCUAAAGGGUUUAAUACAACGAAGAAAAAAGGCUUCAUCAAAGGAUCGUACGACUAACGUGUACAAUACCAAAGAUAUUUAUAUUUCAGAAACUCAAAGAUCAUUUGCAGAGGAAGCCAGUGUGAAUUCAAAUAAUGUAAAUAUCAAUAAAAAAGAAAGUUCACAGAAAAAUAUUAAAAGUAAAGAAUGAAUUAUGAGAAACUUUAUUGAAUAAUGUUUUGUGAGUAACAUUAUCAAAUGUUACUAGCGAAAUGUGUAAAAUUGUAUUAUAAUGUAAAUAUGUUUCUCUGUGAUAUCAAGAAAAAUAUUGUACUUUUUAAUAUAUGCUCAUGCAUAUCACGUAUAUAGAAAGCACGAAAUUAACUUUCCUAGUUACGUGCAACAUUUAUGCUAGUGAAAAUAGUUUGCAGAAAAUGCUGUACAAUUUUUUAAUAUUACAUUCGCAUUAUAAUUAAAAUUAAAAUUAUUUAGAUGUGUUAAAAAUAAACUAACUCAUGUACAAUAAUUGAAAGAAUAUGCUUUACAGCAAUUUUAUGACUUAUAAUUAUUUUUUAAUAUGUUAUGUUUUAAAUUAUAAUUGUACACAUAUACGUUCAUAAGUUAUUGUAAACAUGAAAUGUAUGAAUUGUUUUUUCUUGUCAACUUUUGCAUUUAAUAUUGCUUAAGUAUAGAAAAUCCUAAUUAUGAUAUGUCACAUUGCUUGUAGCAAACCAGUUGGAUUAUAUCAAUUUUUUAAUGAAAUAAAUUUAUAAAUUUCUAUACGUUUUGCGGGAUUUAUCGUAUAAUACUCAUAUUUAACAAAUAAUUAAUUUCGACGUUUGCAAAAUAAUCGAGUGCCUUAUUAAAUCUCUUCCAAAAAUUAGGAAUGGUACAUAAUGUAUGAAAAUACACACACACGCACGCGCAUGCACACACACACACACACAGUCACGUGUGUGUUGUAUGCGUGCGUAAUAUACUAUAAAACUAAAUGUAUUAAUUUUACAUAAAGUGAACUUAU